UGCUAGGUCCCUGAAACCCAGCGAAGUAAUUUAUUUGUCUUCCCUUUACCAGUAACCUGACAUACCUCAGGAUCGAUCUUCCGUCUCAACUUAUUAAAACAUUUUAGCGAGCGGAGAUUGCAAAUCCCUAGGGUUGUGAUUGGUCAACAUAUUUUGCGGAUUGUUUUCAGGUUUCUAGGGUUUCCUGAUUUUCGAUUUCGCAAGGUGGGACUGUCCUAGUUUGAUAAUUUCAAAUGGGGGGAGGAUUCAGGGUUCUUCAUCUUGUCAGACCAUUCCUGUCAUUUCUACCAGAAGUGCAGAGUGCAGACAGGAAGGUUCCAUUCAGAGAGAAAGUUAUAUACACUGUGAUCUCCCUUUUCAUUUUCCUGGUCUGUAGUCAACUUCCUCUAUAUGGGAUACACUCCACGACAGGAGCAGAUCCUUUUUACUGGAUGCGUGUUAUUCUCGCUUCAAAUCGUGGGACUGUAAUGGAGCUUGGUAUUACUCCCAUUGUGACAUCUGGACUGGUGAUGCAACUUUUAGCUGGGUCAAAGAUCAUCGAAGUGGACAACAGUGUCCGUGAAGAUCGGGCACUCUUAAAUGGUGCUCAGAAGCUGUUGGGCAUACUCAUUGCUGUUGGUGAGGCGGUUGCAUAUGUUUUGUCUGGGAUGUACGGUAGUGUCAGCCAACUUGGAGUAGGCAAUGCAAUUCUCAUCAUCAUCCAGCUCUGCUUUGCGGGUAUCAUAGUGAUAUGCUUGGAUGAACUUCUCCAGAAAGGUUAUGGACUGGGAUCUGGAAUUUCCCUGUUCAUAGCGACAAAUAUCUGUGAAAACAUAAUUUGGAAAGCAUUUAGUCCAACAACCAUCAAUAGUGGGCGUGGAGCUGAAUUUGAAGGUGCUGUAAUUGCAUUAUUCCAUCUCCUGAUAACUCGUACAGAUAAGGUUCGUGCUCUUCGUGAGGCAUUCUACCGGCAGAACCUACCAAAUGUGACAAAUUUGCUUGCUACAGUCUUGAUCUUCCUCAUUGUUAUCUAUUUCCAAGGGUUCCGUAUUGUUUUGCCUGUGAGGUCGAAGAAUGCCCGUGGACAACAAGGCUCAUAUCCAAUCAAGCUUUUCUACACCUCCAACAUGCCAAUUAUACUACAAUCUGCCCUUGUUUCCAACCUUUACUUUAUUUCUCAGUUACUGUACAGGAGGUACAGUGGAAAUUUUCUUGUUAAUCUACUUGGUAAGUGGAAGGAGUCGGAGUACUCUGGUGGUCAGUUUAUCCCUGUUGGCGGUAUUGCAUACUAUAUCACUGCACCAUCAAGCUUGGCGGAUAUGGCAGCCAAUCCCUUCCAUGCUUUGUUCUAUAUUGUGUUUAUGCUUUCAGCUUGUGCUCUUUUCUCAAAAACUUGGAUUGAAGUCUCUGGAUCCUCUGCUCGAGAUGUAGCCAAGCAGUUGAAGGAGCAACAAAUGGUGAUGCCCGGUCAUCGGGAGUCGAAUUUGCAGAAGGAAUUGAACCGCUACAUACCAACAGCUGCUGCCUUUGGGGGCAUGUGCAUUGGUGCAUUGACAGUGUUGGCUGACUUCAUGGGAGCGAUUGGGUCGGGAACUGGAAUUCUGCUUGCUGUCACGAUCAUAUAUCAAUACUUUGAGACAUUUGAGAAGGAGAGAGCCAGUGAACUGGGCUUCUUUGGACUUUAAGCCAGCUGGUGGUAGUUUCAUUUUGAAGAAUGGAUGGAUGGUGGUGCCAAUGAGCUCCCUAACAGUUUUGGUGAGCUGAGAGAUGUAUGUAGAUCCUUGUUUUGUUAACGUGACAUGGUUAGAGAUGGAGAUCAAGAUCGUAGAGUAGUUGAGCUGUAGUUCUUUUUUGUUUUUUUCCCCUUAUUUUGUGACUUUGAAUAUGGUGGAUUAACACAUGAAGAGAGAUAUGCGCACUUUGUG